AUGGCGGGCCGACAGCGAGAAGUGCAAUGGACCUGCAAUUAUAGUAUGCCAGUGAAUCAACAUAACAAAUCAAUACGAAAAAACGACGGAAUGCUAAUAUUGAUAAACGACGGAAUGCUAAUAUUGAUAAACAUGCGAAUAACGAAUCAAUGCGAAAAACGAA